CUUAAGUAGUAAUUGAGAUGCACGUGACAAGCGGCGCACGGACCACGGCCAAGCCGAAUCCCAAUGACGGAAUCGGCUUGGGCGUGCUGCUCGUCGUGCCCUGCAUCUGGAGCUCCAACAGGAAAUCUGGAGCAUCGAGGAGGUUUCGCGCCGACCUUCCAUUCUGCGGUCCACAGUAGAGCAUCCGGCGACAAUCUUCUGCGUCGAUACAGAUCUUUCGAUUAACUUCAGCGAGUAGUUUCUUCACUCUCGUUCAUUCUCCAUUUCCCCUUCUUCUGCUUCCUUUGCGCCGUCUUAUUCGUAGUGUCGAGAGAGACACGCGACCUCACUGCUUACUACGUAAAGUUCCGAAUCGACACCCUUUUCUGCUCAAUCCCACAGAGACCGCAGUCCACUCCAGCCACCACCACCGCCAUGAAGAGACCAUCAAGUCUGUGGCCCAGCUUCGAGGCGACCACCUUGACUUCCCUGCUCCUCUUGGGGCCUGUCUCCGCAGCAUCCGGCGCAGCAGCACUGAUCUGCGACAACCUUGUGGUGGACGGCCACAAGUACAAUCUCCAACCACUCUCCGGCCCGCAUACAGUCAUCACGUACGAGUACACGCGGCCGACAUAUCAUAAUACGACGUAUACCAUUGACCUAUGUGCGCCGCUUGUGAGGAAGGGGGAGGUACCGGCCGAGGAAAGAUGCCCUGACGGGACGAGAGUAUGCGCGAUAAAACACCGCUGGGACCCCAAAGCAGGCAAGGUCGCCGACAUCGACCAGGUGAUCCCCAUCGUGAUCGAGCACGGGAGCGACAAGCAGGUGACGUGGGAGGCGCAAAGGUUGGCCGCGGACGAUCCGGCGCAGAACAAGGAUGCGAAGAAGGAAGGGCUCAAGCUCACGCUGCGGGGCGGGACGUACCAGCAGCGGGCGCAGCGGACGGUAGUCGAGCUCAGGUGCAAUCCGGACCUGACCGGGGCGGAGAACGAGUGGGAGAGCGUGGACGAGUAUGUCCCGCCUGGGAAAGAUAAGGAAGGGGACGGGAAGAAAGAGAGCCAGCGGCGGCGGCGGCGGGAAGAGAAGGAUGGCGACAAGGACCAGAGUACCCCGGAAACGCAGCUCAAGAAAGACGGCGCGGCGCUGGUGUGGGAGGGGUACAAGCGGGAGAAGGACGGGGAUGGCGGGGAUAUGGAUACGCUGUACCUAACGUGGUACACGAAACAGGCGUGCGAUGCCGCGGUGGACCAGCCAGUCGAGGAGAGCAAGCAUUGGGGGUUCUUUACUUGGCUGGUCAUUCUGGUUUUCCUCGCCAUCGCAUCGUACCUCAUCUUCGGCUCGUGGCUCAACUACAACCGGUACGGCGCGCGGGGCUGGGACCUGCUGCCGCACGGCGACACGCUCCGCGACAUCCCCUACCUGAUGAAGGACCUGAUCCGCAGGGUGCUCAACACGCUGCAGAGCACCGGCAGUAGGGGCGGGUACUCGGCUGUGUAGGAUGCUGGUGAGGAGAACGCUAACACCGUUCGGAACGGGUCGCGGUCGCCGGACAUUAGAGUACGGGUUAUAAAUAGGGUUCAUUAGUGGUAUCACCCGUCCGCAGUCCACGAGAACCAGUGGGUGUAGAAGGUGUGAGUUCGUUAGCAAGCACUUGAGGCGUUCCGUAUGUAUCUUGCUUUACGCAGUAUCGUUGCUGGCUGCGUCAUCAGCGGGGUUGUUGUAUAUUUAUGUGCAGCGUAGCAGUACAGGAUAUUGUUCUUACUAUCAUAUCCCGUUUCUUGAAUGUGGUCUUGGAGAAGAAGAACGUUAUCC